GUAACAACCUUAAAACUGCUAUCACCAAACACUUUAGUCGGGUGAGCUAUUCCAAACAAGAUGCCAAGACGAAUGAAUUCUUCUUGAAGUCGCGUGAAGUGUUAUUACCAUUCUUCUCUUCGCGCGCGUUCGUUAUGGCGGGGAGGAUCAGUUUUGAUUUACAACGGAAACUCUUGGCGCCGGGAAAUUUCAGUUUCGAUGAGUAAAAGACCAGCGGGAAAAUAGGAUCUGUCGAACCGGUCUCUGGCUGUGAUAUCAAGCCGGAUAAACAAGGGUUUUCCUUAAUAAGUGCUCUCUAAAGAAAAUGUCAAAGAGCGGCAGUAAUAUAACAUGGAGAGACCAGCUUGUUGGAUCCAUCGUGGUGAUCUUGUUUGCCUUUACUCUCGUCUUAAAUUUUCUAGCCCUUCAUUAUACCUAUGUCAAAGUUCGCAAGCCCUCGCUGAAGAAAAUCCCGCAUCUUUUCGUUGGCGCGCUGUCAUUAGCAGGACUGGGCAUCGCCUGUUUUCAAUAUGUUCCAUUCAUAACGUCGCGUUUUAAUGGCGAGUGGUCGCGCGAAGAUGGCGUUUGUCACUUCGUCGCGUUUGGUGUUCUGUUUUUCGGGACGCUAACAAUCUCUUUGGUAGUGAUGAUGAGUUUGGAGCGAUUAGGUGCGAUAGUCUUCCCUUUCUAUUACAAGGAGAGCGUCACAUUUCAAAGAUGCGUAGUCCUGUUGGCCAUCCUGGUCGUGUACUCCUUUAUCCUUGCCAUUCUUCCGCUAGCGCUCAAUAAAGUCGAGCUCAACGUGUCUACUGGCGUUUGCAGUUACGCCGUCGAGUCGCACAACGUGGAUACGGGCAUCGUUGUGUAUGUAAUGUCCAUACAUUACGUCUUGUCUGUGAUAGUUAUGGUUCUUUCUAACAUUACCGUUGUAUACACCCUACACGUUCUAGAAAGAAAUUCACUUUCGGAUGUCUAUGAUCAAGACAACAAAACCGAGAAAGGAACUCGCGUUAAAGGCUCUGGUACCUCCGCCUGUGUUAGCUUCGCCAAAAUGGUUACGCUUAUGGCAGUGUGUUACUCAAUUUGUUGGACCACAAUAUUGAUGCGUAUUAUAAUUUUGUACGCUUACAACUGGCAUAACAUCUAUUUUGAUCAAGUGGUUCUCGUCCUGACCACACUGGAUCCUUUAAUAAAUCACUGUGUCUGCUUGUGGACCAUGAGGAAAUACCGCGAUGGCUAUGCUUCGUCGCUGGGCAAGGUGUUCUCCUGUUUAAAGCCCUCAGAGGAAGGCAUGUUCCGCUCAGCUAUCACUCGAAUCAGCUCUAUAUCAAGGCGCUCAUUCAGUCGAUCAUCUUCAUCUGCUCGUUCAUCAUCUAUGCGAACUUCAAGAAGAAAAUCUUCUGCCGCACAUACGUAUAAACAAGUAACUCAAAAUAACCCGGAUGUUCCAGCACUUGUAGAGGCUCAAGUCGGUGGUGAAAUUCAGUCCGAUCCUAAGGAACUUGUGGAACAAGGACAUUCAGACGACCCUUAACGAAGGGCCCAUCAUACUAGAGCUACAAGAAUUAUGUAGAUCACUUUCGCAGAUUACUUACCUUUUUCACUAUGAACUUCACACGCUUUGGAUUGCGAACAUUUGAACAACUCAGCGUUCGUUCUGGGGGACUGAAGAGCAGAAAUGGUUUUUGGAAGUGGAAACAGUGGAAACAGUGACAAUGACGGAAUUAAGGGCAAUCGAUUAAGUGUUAAAAAUGAACAUUCUUAACUUAUUAUAUUACGUGAUUCGCCGCCCUAGACCCACUGCAAAGUAAGCCUUAUGUUCACGUGACCAUAAUAAAACUUUUUCCCUUUUUGGCAGUUUUUACCGCAAUGGAAUCGCGUAACAUUUCUUAAAGAAUUCAAAACUAAGAAUACUGAUAGGGUCAUAUCUUUUAGCCGUGUACUAAAUCCUUCAUCGACCAGCUUUUCAGCCAAGAGGGCUGGGCAUCGACCACGAACUAAGUCAUCCAUGAUGCAGCCAUCUUAGCCUCACACGUGGUCAAGAACCUUUAUAUUAUUAACCAGCAUGGCUUUUUGCCACUCUUUUAAGUCAAGCGAAAGCUAGGGCCGAAAUCAUUCUGUUCUCUCGGUGGCGUAAAUUUUCUAAAAUUCUCUGAAAAUGGUUGUCGCGUAAUUCCGUAAGAAAUCUUACUUCUAUGCUAUCGCAACCCUAAACUAUAAUAAACCUCCAAAACUCACAGCGAAAGAGAAAGCACAACAACCAAGUGACAGGGGGGUUGUUAGUUUAUUUAUUUACUCGUUGAUUCCUUCAUUUAGCCGCUAGCUUCUUACAAUCGGCUUAGACCGAAUAAUCGACAGUCAGCUCCCACUUGCAAUCGUAAAUAACGCUAAAAAAAUCCUCGUACUGUGAACCUCAAGGUACCAAAGCACGUGAUUCCAUUUUUAGAGCACCUUUCGACUGAGUUUCGUGAAAAAAAAAACCCAAAGUUAUCACGAAGACCAAUCAGAAGACAGGUAAAUACCCUUAAGAGCCAAUGAGAACUCAAGGGGAAAGUAAGCAAACCGUCCAAAGCGCGCGAAAACGUGGGUGAUGAAAACGUGAUAUUCGAUUGGUUGAGAGUGGCGCGAGUGUUUUUGGACCAAUCACAAAAACAGAAUAAAUCAAAACCAAUGCAAUCUUGGAUUACGUUCGAAAUUCCAUUGAAAAUUGCUCUACUUGUGUCCUUUUAUGUGCACAUUCCUUUCCCCGCAUCAAAAAUCUAGAAGAAAGUAAGCACUCUAAACCGGCCUGAAAUCGACCGUGGGUAAUUUGAAGAAAAGUAAUGGGAGCUCGGGGAAUAUUUUAUGGAGCAGUUCAAAACUGCGAUUAAAUAAAGCACCUCUCUAAGUCAUGAUGGAGUACCUAAGACUUAUUUAUUUUCGAAUUAAAAUAAUAAAUAAAAAGGACA